UUAUUUCAGACUUUGCUUCCUGGACUUUGUUCUGCUAGAUUGUUAAAGCAUUUCCCUGUGAACGCCGUACCUCGGGAACCAGUUACCAUCCAGCACCCCUCCUGAGCAGUGGGGCUGGUGCUGCCAGGAUGCUGGGGACAGUCUGGCGCUUCCUUGUUGGCAUCUCCAUUUCUGUACUAGGAUGGCAGAGGCUGGCCUGCGGCCUCCCACCUCCCUGUGACAGCAAGAUUUACUGCACUGGAGACCUCCUGAAGCAGGUUCAGCUGGCCAGGCUCUUCCCGGAUGCAAAGCACUUUAUUGACAUGCCCCUGCGGAAGCCAGCAGAUGUGGUGCUGGCAGAAUUUCAGCAGCUGAUGGCCAAAGCACAGAAGGGCAUAGUGUCCAGGACAGAGCUGCAGCAGUUUGUGACUUUGUCCUUUGAUGAUCCAAGGAAGGAGUUUGAGCAAUGGGAGCCUCAAGACUGGAAAAGCAGGCCCCGCAUACUACACAAGAUUUCUGACCAGAAGCUCCGGGCAUGGGCGUCGGAGCUGAACACCAAGUGGAAAUCCCUCGGGAGAAAGAUCAAGGUUGCUGCAGAAGCCCAGCCAGAGCUUUACUCCCUGAUCUAUGUGCCAAAGCCCCUGAUGGUGCCUGGUAGCCGGUUCAGAGAGGAUUACUACUGGGAUUCGUACUGGGUCAUCGAGGGGCUGCUGCUAUGUGACAUGCCUGCCACGGCCAAAGGGAUGAUUCAGAACUUCCUCUACCUGGUGGACGGGUACCGGCACAUCCCCAACGGAGGGCGGGUCUAUUACCUGCGCCGGAGCCAGCCCCCCUUCCUCGCACUGAUGAUGGACGCCUACCUUGCUCGCACCAAUGACACGGCCUUUCUCAGGGAGAACAUCCACCUGCUGGAAGUGGAAUACGAGUUCUGGCAGCACAAUCGCAGUGUGAACAUCACUGUGGCGGGCACAGAUCACACUCUUAACCGCUACCAUGUCCAGGUUGGGGAGCCCAGACCAGAGUCCUACAGCCAAGACUGGGAGCUGGCAGCUGGCUUGAGUGACGCUGCCAGGCAGGAGCUCUGGGCAGAGCUGAAGUCUGCAGCAGAAUCAGGCUGGGACUUCUCUUCACGCUGGUUCCAACCCUCCACGCACACUGGCACACUGAGGGACACAAAAGCCAGCGCUGUGGUGCCGGUGGACCUGAACGCCGUGCUGUGCAAGACGGAGCGGCUGCUGGCAGAGUUCCACAGGCGGCUGGGCAACAGCUCCAAGGCUGCCCACUUCCCUGCACUGGAGCGCCGGCUUCGGGCUGUGCAAGCUGUCCUGUGGGAUGAGGUGGCUGGAAUAUGGCUGGACAUCAACCUCCUGACAAAGCAGCGGAACCCAGCCUUCUACCCCUCCAACCUGGUGCCCCUGUGGGCCGAGUGCUUUGCGGAUGAGGCUGCGGCGGCGAAAGUGUUGCGCUAUCUGCAGGGGAACACAGCCCUGUCCUAUGACAGCGGGCUCCCGACAGCUCUUGCCAGGACGGGGCAGCAGUGGGGCAUGCCCAAGGCCUGGCCCCCGCUGCAGCACAUGGUGAUUGUUGGUCUGGUGAAGCCCAACUCCUGGAGCGCACGAGAAACGGCCUUUGCCCUGGCCCAGAACUGGACCCGGACCACCUUCAGCCUCUACCACAAGUACCAGGCCAUGUUCGAGAAGUACAGCCUGGACGGCGAGGGCAGGCCGGGCACCGGGGGCGAGUACCAGGUGCAGGAGGGCUUCGGCUGGACCAACGGCGUCGCGCUGCAGCUGCUCGACCUGUUC